AUGUCAAAGUACAAAGAGUGUCUCAAGAACCACGCCGCCGGUAUCGGCGGCCAGGCCGUUGACGGCUGUGGCGAAUUCAUGCCUUCCGGUGAAAAUGGUACCGUUGACGUCUUCAAAUGCGCCGCCUGUAAUUGCCACCGUAAUUUUCAUCGGAAAGAGACCGUCCACCACCACCACCCAUGUGGGUACUUCCCAUAUAUUAUGCCGCGGCAGAGACCUCUAGCGUUACCGCUAACUUCUGGAGGUGGUGGAUUUCGGGAGGAUCAAGAAUUAUUAGAAAUGUGUAGCCCUAAUAACAACAUUAAUGGUACAUUACUAAAGAAGAGAAUUCGAACCAAAUUUAGCCAAGAACACAAGGACAAAAUGUUGACAUUGGCAGAGAAAUUAGGGUGGAAGCUUCAAAGGCAUGAUGAGGGAGUUGUUCAACAAUUGUGUAAUGAGAUUGGCAUCAAAAGACAUGUAUUCAAGGUUUGGAUGCAUAAUAACAAGCACACACUUGGUAAGAAACUAACUCUUGAUUAG